AUGGCUCCUUUUGAGAAAUCCAUGGAGAUGAUGCCUUUCAAGCAGAGGAAAUGCCUUGAAACAAGAAAAGAUGAAGUCUGCACCAUUCGCACUAAAUUCCCCAACAAACUGCCUGUGAUAGUUGAACGUUACAUCCGUGAAAAGACUCUGCCCCUGUUGGACAAAACUAAGUUCCUGGUUCCCUUCGAGCUCACUUUGGGUCAGUUCCUCUGUCUGCUCAGGAAUAAGAUUUCAUUGGAGUCCACCCAGGCUCUGUUCCUCUUGGUGGCAGAGAAGAGCAUGUCCUGCAUGUCUUCCAGCAUGAGGGAGGUGUAUUCCCACCACAGCGACACAGACGGCUUCCUCUACAUCACCUACGCCUCACAGGAGGUGUUCGGAGCACCUCAACCAGCAGCCAGGUCGCCCUGCUGA